AUGUGGAAUUUGUCCUUAUUGAGCCGAGGCUAUGGAGAACUGGUGAACAGGGAGCACAAACGCCUGGACGUUUAUUUUGAAAUGCAGGAUUUUUUCAACUGGAGGUCUUGGAGAAAUACUGACUGUAUCUCCCUCAAGUCAUACCAUUCCAAUGAUCACCACAAUUCAGCAGUUCCCAGGACCUUCAGCACACGAAGAGGAGCCCUGGUGCUCUACUCCGAGGACUUGGCUUUGCGAGCUUGGCAGCGGCAGCGUGGAGCAAAAUGGAGGCGAGCAGCUCGGCUACAACUCUGCACUCUGAGUGAUCUGGCCAGCGCUGUCCUUGCAUAUGGACGGAGAGAGAAGACUUCACAUCCAAAUCAAAUGGAACCCUAUCUAUACUUCCUCUUUGGGCACAAGAACCGCAAAAUCCGUCCUGGUUACUCAGCGAAGAGGUACCUCACCUGUCUGACUGAAAGCUGUGACCGUAGCCUCCUGCACCGGAUGCAAAGCUCAGGUUGUAUCUGUGACCUGAGCUUAUUCAAAGGAAUUUCCAUGAACUCACUCCUUCUCCAUCAGACGAAAUGUGACCUUUCUGAGGUGCCUAGACCAUAUCAGUUUCUGCCCUGCCUCCCCUUUUCUCCCCACUAUCAGAACUGCCCACCUUUGGAAGAGGAAGAGGAAGAGGAGGAGGAGGAGAAUGUGGGAGAGCGAAGUCUUGAUGCAGGUGACCCUUGCCCCAUCUCCCAUGUUAAAGGAGGAGGGUUGGAGCCUGACAGCUGCAGAUCGGGAGAGAGUGCAAGGCAGUUGCAGAUGGAGAAUGAAGUGGAGUGCAUGGCAUUGCAAGAAUCUAAUAUUUACCUUCUGAUUGCUCUGCCACCCAAUAACCAGGACCCGAAUAAAGGAGACCAUGAACAGCCUCCGUGUAGUUCCCUGAUCAAAGACCAGGCAGUCGAAGGGAAGGGUCACGGACAAAGGUGCCGCAUUCUGGGUCGACCAGUGAUCGAUUCCUCUCAGCUCUUCAGUCAGAAAUCCAAUGUGACUUAUUAUGGGGGGACAAUGGCUGGGUCGAGAAGAGGCUUAUGUGUGAAAAGCCGACCCAGUGAUCAGUAUGGUUCAGGCCAGCCAGUGGAGCCUGCUGACUUCAAGACUGGACAAUUGCAGCUUCUGCCCAUCUCAUUAGACACUGAAGCAGGAGUUUGUCUUGUUGAAGAAGGAAAUAAUGGAGAGCCAGAACCGCUGAGACUGCCAGUGAAGAGGAGACGUCCUGUUGCAGCUGCUCGGCGCACUGGGUGGCGAGAGGACAGAACAAAACCAAAGGAAGCACAACGUGAGCAGCAGUUGUUGCUGCCCCCACUGGCAGAUGAUGCUUCUCAAAAUCAGCGUGCUGGAGAUCUCUCUGAUGAGCUGGCAGAACAUGAAGAAAACCCACAGUGUUCUAUUAGCGAAGGACUUCCCAAAGUGGAAAGAGUGGAUAAGGAGGAUCAACUCUAUGUGAAGUGCCCCAUUGGUACUGAGACGAGGGCUGGCCUGGAUGGGCAAGAGGCUGGAUUUUUACCACAGAUAUCCAGCCCAAGCAAGACUGAGGAAAGGACAGUUGGGUUUCUGGAGAAAAAGGCAGAGGAAAAUGACGUUCUGUUGGAAGAGAAUGUGGUUCAGAGCCUGAGAGAAGGUCCAGUCCUCCAGAUGCUGCCUCCAAUUCAAGGCACAACAGGUCCAGGAAAGCAAAGCAGCAUGGCGUGCUUCAGGCGCAAAGCCUGUCGAACUAAGACUUCCACUGCAGAAAUUGUCCGAGGCACUGUGCCGGGGAAACUGAGGAAGGUUCACAAAGCUAUUUCGGUGGGUUGCCUUAUUAUGGCUCCUGAUGGCAACAUUGUUCGACUCUCCAUGCUAGACCCGGUUCGAGGUCCUGCUGGCAACUUCCUGAGCAGCUCCUCUCAUCCGAAAGGAAGCAAGCCCCCCUUACGUGGCUUUGGUGGUAAGAAGAAUCGAUCAAUUACAAACCAGCAGAUGGAAGCGGGAUUAGAGACCGAUCCCGCCACAAGAAGUUCCUGUCAAGAGGAGGACGUCUGGUCUCGUACAGAUAAUGACAUUCUUUGUGAGAUGGAUGGAGACUCCAGUCGAUCGCAAACACCAACCCAGCUCACCUCGAAACAAGGACGAGCACAGAAGGCUCUGAGGCGAAGUCACAAGAGGCAGACACAGCCUGAUGGGACCUCCUCGGGAGGACCAGUGAGAGAGUCAGCCCGAGGAGCAAAGGUCAACGAUGAGAGAAGGGCCAAGGGAGGAGGGAAGGUCAGCCGCCGACGACAACAAGGCCUUGGUGACACAGAGGAGAUGGCGCGAGGGGAAAAUGGAAAUCCGUGUCCAGCUGAGCACACUCGUCACAACACUGACUACAACUCGGUGUACGAGAGGGAGCACGCUCAGGGUACCAGGAAAACUACACGUGGAGGACCAGUGAGCGAGUCAGCCCGAGGAGCAAAGGUCAACGACGAGAGAAGGGCCAAGGGAGGAGGGAAGGUCGGCCGCCGACGACAACAAGGCCUUGGUGACACAGAGGAGAUGGCGCGAGGGGAAAAUGGAAAUCCGCGUCCAUCUGAGCACACUCGUCACAACACUGACUACAACUCGGUGUACGAGAGGGAGCACGCUCAGGGUACCAGGAAAACUACACGUGGUUCCACCCACAAUAAAACUGCUGCUGUCUCUCCCAUGACAGCCUGGUCCCAGUCAGAACACGGGAGUCUGGGUACAGACGAGGAACUGGGGUCACCGACUGGCCGUGGGGAAGAUGAGGAUGGACACCCUCCCAGAGCCAGCCGGAGGAGAAAGCAGCGAGAGGACGGCUUUGUAGCUGAAGAGGAUUCGGAGGGUGACGUUGGAGACUGGGAGGCAGAGCCGUGGAGUGAACUAUCCGAGCGAAGAACUGAAAUCAACGCCAAGAAACAGAAAGCCAAAAAGAGAGGAAGGAAAAGUUCCAGCCAGGACCCAAAUAUGGAGGAGGCCGACUGGGCACCCAGCAGUGCAGGAAGGUCGAGAGAGUCCGCAGGAUCGGUCCUGGUUCCGGGGGGAAGCUCGCCGUCAGAGCAAGGGACGUCACGUAGGAGGCCAGCAGCAAACAAUCCCUCCCAGCCCAGGAGCUCCCUGACCCCAAACAGGCCACUGGGAGGAAAGAAGAACAACAGACGCGCUGAGUUUGUUGUAGGAAGACCCAGAGAGAACAGAGCCCGGCAACAGCAGAGGAAGGCGAGGAGAGGGAGUGAGGUGGAGGAGGACGUUGUCACCCAGAUCGGCUCGGAGACGUGUGGGUUGCACUCCCCCAGCGGAAGAAGCAUGCCAACCACAGGAUCAGCUGGUGCAGCCGAGGCAGGCGUGAACUCCAGUUCUACUGAUGUCAGAGCUGUGGGCUCGGGGGAAGAAGGAGCAUGGUUCAGAGGACAAAUGGAUGGAAGCACUGAGUGGCUGGAGGAUGCAACGUCUGUGCCAGGGUCAAAGCCUCUGAGGCAGGCGGGCAGCAAUAAUCUGGAAGCUGACCAGUGGCCUGACGGGGACUCACGGAACCACGGCGAGCAGCUGGAUUCCGGCGAGCACAGGCGUUGGAAGUUGGAGCAGCAAAUCCAGCAGGAACUGGAUGAGGAACAGAGGAGGAGGGAAGAGCGAAGGUUGAAAAGACAACAGCAGGAAUCUCCAACAGCAGAGCAGGAGGAUGCCGAGCAGCAGCAAGAUGAGGAAGGGCAGCGGGACCGUGAACGGCAGCAGAAACAACGGGAAGAGUAUCGCAGGAAAGUCCAGGAAAUGCAGCAGGAUAAAGAGAGGAUCCUGCAAGAGAGAGCAAGGGAGAAGGCACGCCUGCAGCGGCUGCACCAGCAGCAACUGGAAGAGGAGCGGCGGCUCCUGAGCGAGAUGGACGAGCCUCAGCGGCAGGACUACCUGAGGCUGAGGCAGGUCAGAGAGCAGCAGGCGAGGCAGCAGUGGGAGGAGCGGCGGCAGAAGGAGGGCGAGAGGAACAGGUGGCUGCUCGAGGAGGCGCGGCGGGAAGCAGAGUCUUUCCUUAGGCAGAAGGGACUGAUCGGGCAGGGCCUGGUGCUGCGUGGAGGCCUGCUGUUAGAGUUGCUGGAGCUGGAGCAGGGCCAGAGCAUCUCAAGGCCUUGGGUCUUCUCCUACUUUGAGCUGAUGGAGAUCCUGGGUCUGGAAACACCAGUGAAGAGUGAACCAGCGGAGACUGGGAGUGAGUGAGUCUCUGCUUGGAAUGUGAACAUUUUCA